GGUCCUCUCAGAGCUGUAGCUUGAUGCCGGUGAUCAUACAUGCCUGCCAGGGAGAGGGGAGCUGUCAAGAGCCCGGCAGCUUGUCUAUUGCCCAUAAAAAUCAGUGGCUGUGUGGAGCUGAAUGACAUGGGGGAAAUGGGGCGUAAAAUUAAAGAAUCUCGCAGUAAAGGCGAACAGGAGAAGCAAACCCCCGCAGACUGUGAUCUGAAGCCCGGAGCAGCGGAGCCAAAACAUGCGACAAAGGGCUUUUAAAAUACUGCUGAAACACCCACCACUGCUGCAUUUUUAUUGAUUUCUCCGACCAGAGAGAGAUGACCAAACAGCCGGCCAAUGCUCCUACCGGUUUUAACCCGUUGCACCAGCCCGAGGGAGCGGUGGGAGUUUCAGCAAAUAACCCGGAUAAUGCCCUUAACCAAACGUCCGCCGCUUACCCGGCCCCUCAGCCAGCACCAUCUAACGAGAGCAAAACUUUCUGUCCCACGGAAAAUAAACCGGGAGAACCGGGAGAAGUCAGUAAAGUCUAUGGGACUUUUAAAAACGCCGCUCCGGCGGUGCCUGGAUCCGUGGCUACGAACUCGGCCUUCUGUAAGGAUUCUACCAGCUCAGCUGGUGGUUCUGCUGCCCGGGGUAUCCCUGUCCAGUACGGGGACCCGCUUAGGGCCACCGGGGAGCAAAACAAUGCAUCGGGCAACUGGACCACCAUGAGCCAGACCACCAUCAUUCUGGGCGCAGAUGGCAACACGUCUGUUCAGCCCGGCGCCGUGACGGGGGAGGAAGACGAGGACGAGAGUGGAGAUGAGAAUAAGGCCAGGGGAAACUGGACUAAUAAAUUGGAUUUCAUCCUGUCCAUGGUUGGCUAUGCCGUGGGACUGGGAAACGUGUGGAGGUUUCCAUACCUUGCCUUCCAAAAUGGUGGAGGUGCUUUUUUGAUUCCCUACCUGAUAAUGUUGUGCCUCGCCGGGAUCCCUAUAUUUUUAUUGGAGGUUUCCCUGGGUCAGUUUGCCAGCCAGGGCCCGGUGUCCGUGUGGAAAGCCAUCCCGGCUCUGCAAGGUUGCGGGAUUGCCAUGUUGAUAAUAUCUGUCUUGAUAGCCAUAUACUAUAACAUUAUAAUGUGCUGGACACUGUACUACCUGUUCGCUUCGUUGAAGGGCUCACUGCCUUGGGCUAACUGUAAGAACGAGUGGAACACGUUUGACUGUAAGGACAAAGACAUGCUUCUCUUAGACACGUGUAUCCUUCAUGAUAAAAACUUCACCUCUAUAAAGAACAGCUCGUUCUGUCUGUCGGCUCAAGCCAUUGGAAACCUGACCAAACUGGUUAACAUGACCUAUCCGGAUAACAAAACUUAUGUCAGCCCCAGCGAGGAGUACUUCAAGUACAAUGUCUUACACAUCUCCAAAGGGAUAGAGUACCCUGGAGACAUCCGCUGGCCCCUCGCAGGCUGCCUGUUGCUGGCCUGGUUGAUAGUCUACCUCUCCCUGGCCAAAGGAAUCAAGUCAUCAGGGAAAGUGGUGUAUUUCACAGCUACGUUCCCCUAUGUGGUUCUGGUCAUUCUGUUGUUCAGAGGAGUGACCCUCCCAGGGGCUGGUGACGGCAUCCUCUACUUCAUCACACCAAAGUGGGAGAAACUCAAUGAUGCUAAGGUGUGGAAGGAUGCUGCCACCCAGAUCUUCUUCUCUCUGUCAGCAGCCUGGGGAGGCCUCAUCACACUGUCCUCUUACAACAAGUUCCAUAACAACUGCUACAGGGACACCAUCAUAGUGUGCAUAGUUAACAGUGCCACCAGUAUAUUUGCUGGGUUCGUCAUCUUCUCCGUCAUUGGAUUCAUGGCCCAUGAACUGAAGGUGCCCAUUGAGAAGGUGGCAGAUGAAGGUCCAGGCAUAGCGUUCGUGGUGUACCCGGAGGCUCUGACCAGACUUCCACUCUCUCCGUUCUGGGCCAUCAUCUUCUUCCUCAUGCUGCUGACCCUCGGCCUGGAUACCAUGUUUGCCACCAUUGAGACCAUAGUGACGUCUGUGUCAGAUGAGUUCCCCCAGUACCUGAGAAAGAACAAGCCUCUCUUCACGCUCAUUUGCUGUGCCUGUUUCUUCUUCCUGGGAUUCCCUAUGGUCACAGAGAAUGGGAUGUACAUGCUCCAGUUGGUGGACACAUACGCUGCCUCUUACUCUCUGGUCAUCAUUGCCAUCUGUGAGCUGAUCGGAAUCUCCUACUUCUAUGGCCUGCAGAGGUUCUGCGAGGACAUUGAAAUGAUGAUUGGCUUCCAACCAAACCGCUUCUGGAGAAUCUGCUGGGCCUUUGUGACUCCUACCAUUCUGACUGGUAUCCUGGGGCUGAGUCUGUACCAGUGGAAGGUGAUGACCUAUGAGGACUACACCUACCCCCCAUGGUCAAUGGUGAUGGGCUGGCUGAUGGUGUUGUGUUCUGUCAUCUGGAUCCCAAUCAUGUUUGUCAUCAAAAUGUACUUGGCCCCAGGCAGCUUCAUGGAGCGUCUGAAGCUGGUGUGCUCCCCUCAGCCCGACUGGGGUCCCUUCCUGGCAAAGCACAGAGGGGAGCGCUACAAGAACAUGAUGGACCCCCAUGGAUCCAACUCCCUGGGCCUCAAACUGCCCCCCAAAGAUUUCCAGCUGGGUGCCUACCAGUAGCAGCCUCCACUACUACCACCAACACCACUUCAGCAGGGGCACCGGGGGAAAGAGAGAGCAGCAGCCUACCACUGCCCUCUCCUCCACCUAUUCCUUCUCUUUUUCCUGUUCUCCACUCCUCUUCAUCUCUCCUGUUUCCUUCCUCUUUCCCUUCAAUGUGGGUGCGAGAAAAGCAAGCUAACACAUCCUCCACUUUUUUCCGGUUCUCCUGUCCACCUCGCCUGCUCCCUUCUUCAUUCUCCUCUACUCUAUAGAAAAGUGGGGCUGCCCUCCUCUCCAACAUUGCUUUCUCUGGCAGGCACCCAUACUAUACCCUGCCCUCUCUCUCCCUAACCCCUGACCUGAGAAUGGUCUGUCCUCUGCCUCCUGCCCAUGCACAGCCAUUACUCCAGAACCCUUUCUUUCUGAGGGGAUCUCUAUUCCAAGAGAAAAAUGUGUACCGUGUCACAAUAUUGCAAUGGCAAUAGCAAUAUUCGACUGCACAUGACAAAAAAAUCGAAUCACAUUUUAUUUGUCACAUGCUUCGUAAACAGUGAAAUACUUACUUACGGGUCCUUUUCCAACAA